AUGGCAUUUGUUGUUGAGCCCGUCGUCUCUGGACUCAUUAAGGGAUUGUUUAAGAUAUUGGGGUCCAAUGAAGUGUGGGACUUUGCUCGGCGACUUGUUGGAGUAGAGUCCGAGCUAAAAGAGCUGGAAAACAAGUUGCAGAUGGUUGAAAACCUUCUUCUCUAUGCAGAAGACAAGCAGCUGAUGGAUAAAAGCGUUAAAAAGUGGCAUGACAAUCUUCAACAAUGGGCUUAUGAUGCGGAGGACUUACUGGAUGAGUUUGCCUACGAAGCUUUGCGAUGCAAAAUGAAGGCGCAACACCAGGCUAGCAAAGGACUUAGCUGCCUCCCUGCUUGUUUCCCUAGUCCUUCAUUCGCCGUCCAGAUGGGGUCCAAGAUCAAAGAAAUCAAUUGCCGGUUGGAAAAGCUUCGCCAACAAAGAUCAGCUGAACGUGAAUUUCAAGAGCUCUCUAGAAUGACAUCAAGUAAGGCUGUAGUUCAAGGACCAGAGGAAACUUCAAGCGUCCCCCCUGAACAGAUUGUUUAUGGUAGAAAUAAAGAUGAACUCACACUACUUGACAUGGUGAAAAGUGGUGUCGACAUUCAAGUGAUAGCAGUUGUCGGCAUGGGAGGGAUCGGCAAAACGACAAUUGCUCGGAUUCUAUACAAUCACAAGCAGCUGGAAGAUUUGAAGUUUGACAAAAAAGCGUGGGUGUGUGUUUCAACCUACUUUGACGUUCUCAAAAUCUCAAAGGAACUUAUUGAGCAAUUCUCGUCUUCUGUUCCAAAUAAUUUAAACGAACUGCAAGUUAAGCUGAAAGAGGCAGUAAGUGGAAAGAAAUUCCUGAUAGUAUUAGACGAUAUUUGGAAGGUGGAGUACAACGAAUGGGAAAAGCUUAAAUCUCCUUUCACAGCUGGUGCAACUGGAAGCACAAUGAUCGUGACAACACGCCAUACAGAUGUUGCACAAACAAUGAGAUGCUCUCAUACUUAUCAUUUGAAUUUUUUAUCCCAAGACGAUUGUAAGUCCUUGUUUCAGGAGCAUGCGUUUGGAAUUGGUGCAGCUGCUGUUCCUAAUCAAAUAACCGAUUCAAUUUACAAAAGAGUUGUAGAAAGUGGCCUACCACUGGCAGCAAAGACCCUCGGUGGUCUUCUGCGCUCUAAGCCAAGCGAUACUUGGGAAAAAAUAUUAGAAAGCAAUAUAUGGAGUACAUCUGAUGAAAGCGAUCACAUUCUCCCAGCAUUAAAGCUAAGUUUUCAUUAUCUUCCUUCGAAUCUAAAAAGAUGUUUUGGCUAUUGCGCAAUUUUUCCUAAAGAUUACGAAUUUGAGAAAAAGGAACUUGCACUUCUAUGGAUUGCGGAAGGUAUUAUUCAACCAUCUGAUAAGCAACUAGAUGAGGCAAGUGAGUGUUUUCAUAAAUUAUGUUCAAGGUCGCUUUUCCAACAAUUGAGUAGUCGUAGUUCUAAAUAUAUUAUGCAUGAUCUUAUUCAUGAUCUAGCUCAAUUGGUUUUUAAAGAAAUUGCUUUUAGAUCUGAGCAAAAUAUAGUUGAGUUACCAGAAAAAUUUGAAAAAGUUCGUCAUUUUACUUAUGAACCUGAUGAUUAUACUAAAGAAAAUAAAUUUAAAGCCUUGGAAAAAGUAAAAAGUCUAAGAACAUUUUUGCAUGUGAGGCAUCGACAUGGAUAUGGCUAUUUUAUUAGUGCUACAGUUGUUUUGGAUUUGUUGCCGAAGUUAGAAAUGUUGAGAGUACUAUCUUUUGAAGGACAUUGCAUCAUUGAUUUACCUAAUUCAAUUGGAGAUAUGAUGCAUUUAAGGUAUCUCAACUUAUCUAGUACUUGUAUAAGAAGUUUGCCUAAGUCAAUAAGCCAAUUAUUUAAUUUGCAAACUUUGUUAUUACAAAAUUGUUCUUAUUUCAUGAAGUUGCCUUCGAAAAUAAGAUAUUUGACCAAUCUACGUCAUCUUGAUAUAAGUGGUAAAAAUUCAUUGAAAGAGAUGCCACUUGGAAUGAAAGAGUUGAAAAAUCUUCAAAUAUUGUCAAAUUUUAUUGUGGGCAAGGAUGCGGGUUCCAAUUUGGAAGUCUUGAAGAGCUUAAGUUUUCUUCAAGGAAAGCUUCACAUUUCAAAAUUACAAAAUGUGACGGAUCCAAAUCAAAUGCGAGAGCAAAUAUUAAGCAAUAAGAACAAUCUAAAAGUUUUGUUACUAGAAUGGGGAUAUCAAGAGAACUCACGGAAAGUGGAUGUAGAAACGAAUGUACUUGAGAAGCUAAUGCCUCCUAGCAAUUUGGAAGAACUCACAAUCCGAGGCUAUAGUGGGGAAAGUUUUCCAUCUUGGUUAGGAGAUUUGUCAUGGCUCUCUAAUUUGGUGGUUCUUAAAUUAGAAGAAUGUAAGAGGUGCGUGUGUUUGCCUGCACUUGAAAUGUUGAGCUCACUUGAAGACUUAACCAUUAAAGACAUGGCAAGUCUAAAAAGAAUAGAUUUUCAAAGACCUUUCAAGUCAUUAGAAUUUCUUCAUUUUGAGAAUUUGCAAGAAUGGGAGCAUUGGGACAGUUGGAGGGGAAAUGAAGAUACUAGAAAUUUUCCAAAGCUUCGUGCACUUUUUAUCAAAGAAUGUCCCAAACUUAUUGGAGAAGUACCUGAUUAUCUUUCUUCAUUAGAAAGUUUUAUUCUUAGGAAUUGUCCAAGGUUGGUGAUCUCAUUCUCAAAUUACCCAAUACAUUGCAAAUUAGAAAUUGAAAGUUGUGAAGAACUUGACGGUUGUGAAGGAAUUGUAUGUAAUGAUGGUUUGAUUGAUUUUAAGUUUUUGAAUUCUCAAUGUCUUGCCAAUAUUCCGGAGGUUAAAGAUAAAUUAAGGAAAGGAUUUCAAAGAGUAGAAUUUUUGAAGAUUGUUGGUGACGAAGAGAUUAUGGAAUCAUGGCGAAGUCUGGAAAACACCAAUUUUCUUUCCAAUCUAAAUUCUCUUGAGAUUAGAGAGUGUCAAAAUCUAGCAUCUAUUGGAAGGGGCAUGAUACCUUCAUCUCUAAAAGAACUUGAGAUCUGUGAUUGUAGGAGUCUUGCAAUUAUUGGUAAGGAUGCCCUACCUUUCUCUCUAAAAAGGUUUAGCAUUGAAUCUUGUGGAGAACUGAAUUUUUUGAAGGAUUUAAGUGUUUCUCUUCUUAAGUACUUGGAGAUUUGUGAGUGUGAAUCUCUCAAGUGCAUAUCAUUAGAUGGUCCGUUGCCUGAGACACUCAACGAACUAAUUGUUGAAGGAUGUGAAGCGCUGGAAAUAUUAUCAUCUAGUGGAAAUGAGUACCUCCCUAAGGCACUUACGUCCAUCUAUAUUUGUAAUUGUGAAGAGCUAAAGUCAAUUGGUGAGUCGUUUGAUAAUAGCCCGUGUCUUCAAGAAAUUACUUUAGAGGAUUGUGAAAAUCUUGAAUGCUUGCCUUUAGGUCUACACCGUCUUCCAUUCCUUGACUCUAUUGUAAUAAUAGAUUGUCCAAAAUUGUUAGUGAGAGAAGGUGUUCCCACCAGCCUUAGACAACUCUUAAUUAAUGAAUGUGAAGAUGACAAGGGAAUGGGAAUUGGAAUGCUCACGUCUCUACGAACGUUGCAAAUCGGAUACCUCCUACAGCUUGAAUCCAUCUCAGACCUGAGCAAUCUCACAUCUCUUGUAGAGUUGAAUAUCGCUUUCCUCCCACUGCUUGAAUCCAUCCCAGACCUAAACAACCUCAAGUCUCUUAAGGUAUUCACCAUUGUUGGGCUGGAAUUUGAACUAAUUCCAAAUCUCAGUGGCCUAACCUCUCUUACAGAGUUAUGCAUUGAGGAAUGCCAAAAGCUCAAAUCAGUUCCAAGUCUCAGCGGCCUCACCUCUCUUGAAAGUUUGGAGAUCAAUGAUCUCCCACAGCUUCGAUCAAUCCCAGAUCUGAGCAACCUCACCUCUCUUACAAGAUUCGAGAUUAGUAAAUGCCCAAUGAUCAAAUCAAUUCCAAAUCUGAGCAGCCUCACCUCUCUAACGGAAUUCAGCAUUACAGAAUGCGCAGGGCUUAAAUCAAUUCCAAAUCUGAGCAGCCUCACCUCUCAUGAAAGAUUAGUCAUUGAGGAUUGCCCAAACCUCAAAUCCAUUCCAGACCUUGGCAACUUCAAAGAUUUAUCAAUUAAGGAAUGUCCAAAACUCAGAUCCCUGCAAACCCUGCCAUCUUCACUUCAGUCUUUAGAUGUUAUUGAUUGUCCUCUGCUUAAAAAACGAUGGAAAAGUGUUACAGGAAAAUAUUCCUCAAGAUUUCUCAAAUUCCUGAAGUUAAAAUAG